AUGAAGAAUGGAAAAUCUGGCGGAGACGACGGAAUUAGCGCAGAAAUGCUAAAAUAUCUUCCUCCGUCUAGGAUUCGUGAGAUGACAAAGAUCAUCCGUUUAAUAUGGAUAGACGAAAGAAUACCUGAUUCGUGGAGACACGCUAUCAUAAUUCCCCUCCACAAGAAGUUAUCCGUCACGGACCCCAGGAAUUAUCGAGGAAUCUCUUCGCUACGUGUUAUGUACAAGGUAUUGGAGCGCAUUAUCCUGACCGACUCAUUAAACAUCGCGAAGAAACAACGCGCGACAAGCAAGCUGGCUUUCGUCCUGGCCGAUCUACGAUUGACCAGGCGUCUUCUCAACGCGCUCCGCGCCGAUGGAGUACCAGGAAAGUUCGUUCGCUUGCUUGAUGACAUGAAUCAACGAACAACUGCUGCAGUUCGAACACCAGCCGGAUGUACAACACCGUUUGAAGUGGUAACUGGAGUAAGACAAGGGGCAGUGGCAGGACCUUUCCUGUUCAAUUUCGCAAUCGGCGACAUUAUGCGAAGAACAGUCGACCAGUGUCCUGCCGGCAUUGUCUUAGCACCAUCUGGGUGGCCCUACACUGACCUCGAGUACGCCGACGAUGUUGUUAUAUUCGCGGAAAGCAGUACGAAACUUCAACAUGUUGUCAACCUUGUAUCGAAGCUUGCUGCAGCCUACGGACUACGCCUACGCCCUGAUAAAUGCAAGCAGAUGUGGAUCUCUUCGAGACCCCGAGCGGGAAUCAGGGUGGACGGACAACCGACAGAACUCGCCGAUAAGUUCUGUUACCUAGGCUGUACGCUGAAGAACAAUGGCAGCUACGAGAGAGAGGUUCAGCAAAGAUGCGUUAAGGCCACUUCUGCAUUUAACUCCUUAACGAAAUGCCUGUGA